AUGGAUAACCCUCAAAAACAGUUUUUCUGUAUAUUGAAGGAAAUCAAGCUGUUUAACAAAUAUUGGGAGGCUUUACAUUAUAUACACAAAGAAUAUGUUUUAGAGCUAAUUCAAAAUGACGAUAAGCUACAUAUGAAUUCAUAUAGAUAUAUAAGCAAGGUCUCGAAAGUAUGCCGAGAAAGUGAUGAAGCACUUGAUAUUAUAAUGGAAAUUUUUGAAAUCUUGAAAGAAAGCAAGAAAAUUAAUCAAGCGCUUAUGGAUAGCACAUACAGUGCUACGGAUAAACUCAUUGGAAAAUUUGAAAAGAUGGAGGUAGAAUGUAACAUUUUGAUUGCCAGUAUUCGUGGUUGCAAGAACCAUAUCAGGCAGGAAAAGCUAGCAAAGGCCCGCAUUGACAAUAUCAAGAUAGCUGAAGGUUCACAAAACCAUACUAAGACUCGCUUAGCUCGCAUGUUACCAAAAAAAGAUGUGAUCCUGACAGAUAUAUUGUGGACCGUGAUUUCUCUCAAAAGACACUUUAGAACAUUUAAUGACAUCAUGGAAAACACUGCUGGUGAAUUACGUAUAUAUGUUGAUAAUGUCUACAAAAUUAACCUUAGGGCAGAAAUGGUCUCUGUGAAAAAAAGUGCCCUUGAUUUUAGUGAUUAUUAUAUCGAAACUCAAGCAGAUAUAUUGAUUAGCAGUAUGAAACCUUUAAAACGAUAUUUCAUUCGCAUUCAAGCUCAGAUUUCCCAGCAUAAAGCGACCAUUGGAGCCACUUUGGCUUCGAAGAAAUGA